AUGGGAUCAGAUGCACUCCAUUAUCAGCAUAGCAGUUUGUGGCCAACAAGAGAGCAGUAUCUCUGGCUGCUUCGCACCGAAGCGGCAUGCAGAGGUCUUCUCUUUGCCUCGAAGAAGAUCGACCUUCCGGGACCUUACAGCUGCGACAAAAUGUCUGAGCGGUAUGAUGGAGACUUGAUGCCAGAGGAGUGGCUCGAUGUGAGCGGCAGCGCAGUACAAGCCGCUCCAUCUGGCGCUCGCCACGACCAGGACAAAGAUUACGCGCAGAUUACGGAUAGUGGCGGUCCUCAGACAGUGUUGAAGACUUAUGCUUGGUUAUAUCUGAAAGGCAUCCGAAGGAACGUUGACGAAGAGUUGUCAGAAGCUGGAGCCACCAAAUCAGAACUCGUUUGCCCUGUUGAUGCUAUUCUACACGAUCUCGGUACCAUAUGGGCAUCGAAAGUAACAAGAUCACACAAGCAGGAAAAGCCUCAAGCACGUAUAGGUAUCUUUAGUGACAUUCCUCAAGAGGAAACAAGUGUCGAGUACGUCCAAAUACCAUAUGGCAUGACCUUCGACAAUUUCCAUACGCAAGCUGCCGCUCUCGGCAUCGUCCGUUAUCUGACCACAAAACACCAUCCAGCCCUGGCGAAAACUCUCUUCCUCGAAGACCGCGUCGUGUACCAUCAUCCUUACCCAGCCGCCAUGGAGUCAUCCGACCCCUCAUACGCACAUGAGAUCUACCCCAUCACUAGAGACUAUGAUCAAAAAGACAACGGCUGGUAUGCUCAUAUCGUUCCCCUAGAUCCAGCCACGGCGGCUACUGCGGGCAUGUACGAUCAAACCCGUGACUGGCGUCCAAUCAACACCGAGGCAGACUGGAAAUCUCUACUUGACCUGCUCAAAAUCUCCACGACGGCUCGGAAGGCCUUCAUGCGCCACAAAUCCGUCGACGACCGCAUGGAAUUUAUCAAACGGCAUCGGGAGCGAGAAGAGUUGGAAAUUGCCAAGACCGGUGGAUUUUGUACGAAUGUCUUUCUGAGCAGGCAUAUGGAAGGCAUGCGCGCCAAGGAUAACUUUGAAGUUCCUUUCCAUCCUGGACAGAACAUAAGUGGCGAAGAGUGGUUGAGGAGGGUGACGGAUCAGCAAAGAAGGGAGGGUGAGGUAUUUGAAGAUGAAGUUGACUUCUUCGCUCACUUAUGA